CGCUCACUGCAUCUCAGUUCCUCUCUUCCACCCCGUCCUUCAGCCAUGUUUGACGAUCCUGAAAAAAAGGUUGCAUACUUCGAGUACGCGGUUGGACUGGUCUUCCACUCGUGGCCUGUGAUGAAACAGGCCGUUGAGGAGGAAUGGGGCGGCGUCGAGUCCGCUGACAAGCGAGAUUGGAUGGCUGGAGCCGUUUUCGACUUCAUCACCGCCAACCCAGACGUUGAGGCCGACGACGUUGAGGAGAUCAUCCUGCAGAUCCUCACCGACGAGUUUAGUGCUGAUGUCGAGGAUGACUCGGCUUAUGAGUUGGCUACCGACCUUGUUUCGCUGUGGAAGUCGUCGCAAGAGGACGACUUUGAGCCCAUUCGUAAGUUGCACGAAACCGUUGGCAAGAAGUUGCUGGAGAAAAUGGAAAGUGAAGGAGGUGCAGGCGCCGGAUCGUCCGAGACAGCCAAUGCUGAGGCAACACCUGAACUCGUGGAGGCACCAGAUGCACAGGAGCAGUCGCAGCAGCAACAGGAUCCUGUCGUUGAUGACGACGGGUUCACUAUGGUGCAACGUAAGCGUCGUUACUAGGAGGGCGUGAGAGAGAAUGCGUGCGACACGGCAGCAAUUGUUCUACGGUUAGCACACACUCAAUCCUAAUCCAACUCGUUUUGAACACCAAAGGAAUUUUGAACAGAGUGUGGUUGCUCCAGAUAACGGUCUCUAUCUCUAUCUCUGUCGUUGUCCCUGUCCGAAUCCCUGUUGUCGUCGUCGUCGUCGUCGUUGUCUCUCGAUUCGAACAGUUCCAUUUCGACAGCGAAAAGGUCGUCGCCGUUCCUUCGCUUACAUACAUAAACGAGAGGAUGGUUUCGGUAAAACCGUUGAAUGGAUAUGUGCACGUGUACGAGGGGCAAGACGACAGUCAGGCUCUUAGGAUCAAUGAUUGCAUUGCAGAAGUCAGCAAUGAAAAACGUCCCGGGUUGCAAGCGCACUUGGCGGCGUUUGUUGACGUCCUGCAUAUCGUGUCGACGCUUCUUGUCUUCAGCCGUAGCUUCAAAGUAUUCCAGUGGGAACGCUUGAUUCUUAGAGAAUCGCAUUUUCGUCAUUGUCGCAUACAGCGGCGAUAAAGCGUAUGGUCUUUCGCAAUGAAAAUCAUAUUCCAGGGAUGGAUCGACAAAGCGCAAACCCCGCAUCAUUACCUGCCAACCAAAGGGCAGAUCGUCGAGCACGUGGUAGUCAAAAACAUUACCAAACAUAAGAUCGUCGGCCGUCAAGUUCUCAGCUCCAGCCUUGAACCGGCCGCUUAUCAUCAGUGAGCAGUUAUCACUGCUCCUCCUCAAGUAUGCUGAUGAUUCUCGCGUAUAUCCGCGGAGUCGCAGGAGAAUCUGGCCCUCAAAAACUUCGUUGCUGACGGCAAUUGGCACCUCGUUAAACAGAAACGGGACCCUGCGUCCACAUUCCCUGAAAAAUGACUGGAUGUUCAUAGUAGCAGUACUGAGCAGCAUGUCUUGGGGUUUUCGGCGAGCAGGAUCUACGUCAUAGAUCGGAGAUCGGCGUCAGGGAAUAGCGAGGGGUAGAGUGGAGUAGCGGGGAAUAGUGAGACACAGCACACUGCAACGUCCAGCCCUCGGAAAUUCCUUAACUCGUUUAACGAGUUCCCGAGCAGCUCCGCCUCAUUGAGCCCCGAGGCUUAACGAGGCAAACAAGGCCCGUUAGGAUCGGCCGGCGCAUACGAGCGGCAGGUGUUCUCGUCUCAAUUAUGACCGUUGCAAUUCGUCCUCCUCGUCCAAUCCACACUCUUCCUUUUGUGCACUAGUGCGCUCCUCCAAGCUCUUCCUUCCCACCCCUUUUUUCUAGCUUCGUUUAGGUUAUCGCUUAUUUAUCUGAUCUGUAAUAUCUAAUCUCGUAUCUCAG